AUGCCUGUACAGAUCAACCAUCGACCAACCACUGAACCAUCCCGCAUCUAUCAUACCUAUCCACGCAGCAAUACACGCCACAGCUGCACCAAAGAAGCUGCAAUUGAUGCUUCUUUAUACCAAAUACUUGCACACUACAUGCCCCAAUCACCACCAUCAUUUGACAAAUUUAACCAUCCAAUUGAUAACAACUUAUCGGAUGCUACGGCUCUUCAGUUCCCGAUUUUACAGCGGCGCCAAAUGUCCCACAACAAGCCGACUUUUUCCUCCUCCUCACCUUCCCAACGUAAAAAGGUCAAAGCUCCCUUGUGGAAGGUCCACCAGACCUGGCUUGGCGAAGAUAUCCUGAAAUCAAACGACUGUCUGUUGUCCAAAAAGGAAACCCUAGAUACCAGUCGCACUUGUCUACUGCGCCGGAACACACUUCUUAAUACCCAAAUUUCACGUGUGGCUCAGGACCCUAGAGAAUCAGAUCCAUCCAAUCAUUCAAUUCCAAAAAACUCAUUUCCAUCAAUACAAUCCACGGCCCAAACAUGGAAAUCGGUUUCAUUCAGCGACACCGUCCAGGUCUUUUCCCAGCUUAAUCAGUCAGACGCCACCCACAUACAAACACAAAACCACAACCUUAUUAAUAACCAUAAUCAUAAUCAUAAUCAUAAUAAAAAUGAUCAGCAAAAAGGAUCCUAUGAUGACGACAAUCAUAACGAAGAAGACGAAGAAGACGAAGAAGACGAAGAAGACGAAGAAGACGAUGGUCUCUUUGUAGAUGCCCUAGAAGACUAA